AUGUGGCGCGUAACAAUAAUUCUAGUUUUAGUUUCCCUAACAAUGGCUGUAGAUAAAUCAGUUAUCAUCAUUGGAUCUGGAAUUAGUGGAUAUUCAGCAGCAAGUAGAUUGAUAGAAAAUGGAUUCGAUGAUGUAAUAAUUUUGGAGGCUGAGGAUCGAAUUGGAGGCAGAAUCAACACAAUUCCUUUCAGUGAUGGAUUUAUUGACUUAGGUGCACAGUGGGUUCAUGGACAAGUCAAUAAUAUCAUUUAUGAAAUGACUCAUGAACAUUUUGAAUUUGGAUCAACUCCAUUUGUGGAAGUGCCAUUUACAUUUUUAUUUUCCAAUGGAACUAAAGCUGAUCAAGAACUUUUUAGAACAAUUUCAAAGAUUAAUUUUGAUAUAUUUCUUGCACUUGAUGAAACUGAUACAUUUACUGGAUCUUUUGGAGAAAUGUUCUUGGAAGUUCUAGGGGAAGUUACUAUGAACGACAGUUUUCCAGUAUUUAAAGAUCUCGAUCUGAAAAUCAUCGAAACAAUGAAGGAAAACGCAGAGCGAUUCAUCAAUGGAUAUUGUGCUUUAAAAUCAUGGUUUGAUAUGUCAGCAAAGUUAAGUGCUCAAGAGGAUGAAGCUGGUGGUAACUUACAUAAUACUUGGAAGAAACAAGGGUUCAAAACUGUGUUUGACUUCAUAUCGAAAAAGCUUCCAGAUCCAUCACAACACAUCGACAUAGACAGCAAAGUUCAAUUAAACAAAAAGGUCACGAACAUUAACUACAAUGUAAUCGAUGCAAACAGUAAAGCUGUUAUCACAUGUGAGGACGGGUCAUCUUACGAAGCAAAACAUGUCAUUUUCACACCGAGUCUGGGAGUUUUGAAAAAAUAUCAUGAAUCACUCUUUACACCUACAUUACCUGAACAGAAAGUAUUAGCAAUCAAAACUUGGGGAUUUGGAGCUGCUGGAAAAGUAUUUUUGGAAUUUGAUGAGCCAUUUUGGUCAGAAGAAGGAGAGCCUUUUGUAGCUUAUGAAUUUUUGUGGUUAGAUGCCGACAAAGAUGAAGCAAAAGCCUACAAUCGCGAAUGGAUGUUAGGAAUUUCCGCAUUCUAUAUUGUUGACGAAUUCCCAAACAUGCUUGAAGCAUACCUUGGUGGACCAAAAAUUAAUCAAUUUGAAGCAUCAAGUGAUGAAAAGAUUAUUGAAGACUGCAUGUGGGCUUUAGAGAAAUUUCUUGGAAAGUCUUUACCUAAACCAAAAGCCAUGACAAGAAGUAAAUGGUUAAGUAAUGAAAAUUUCUUGGGAUCUUAUUCAUAUCCUUCGAUGGAUGCUGAGAGGGCAGGUGUAGGAAUCAAGGAACUAGCAGAGUCAAUCAAUAAUGAUAAUGGUGAACCUAUUCUACUGUUUGCAGGAGAAGCUACUGAUGAAAAGUAUCCAGGAAACACUCAUGCUGGAGUUCGUAGUGGUUUUAGAGCUGCGGAUGAAAUCAUCAGUAGUUAUCAAUAG